AUGGAGGCAGAAUCUCUUUUGAAGACGUUGAGCCAAACCAUUAGUAAUUUGGUUAAUAAGCGACAGUUCUUGGAGGAACAACAGGAACUGUAUGGUAAGAUAAGAGGUCAUGUCCUGAGUAGGAGUGGCAUGAGUUUGGAUGAGUCUGGGUUGGUUUUCGGGGACGUUGUCAUCAGCAAGAACAAGAUUUUUUUGAAUAUUGGUUAUGAAUACUAUGUUGAGAAGAGCGAAGAUGAGAUCAUAGAAUACUUGAAUGAGAAGUUGAUGUUGAUGAAAGAUGCUAUCACGGAGUUUGAUUCGAAGAUCAAGGAUGCUAAGAAGACUCAAAGUGACCUUAAGAAUUUUACAGAGAUGAUAGAAAAGGAUCCGAAGAGUGAGACUAUAGAAAAUGUGAUGGACUAUGAAAUUGAUAACGGUCAGUUUGUGAACGAUGAAGGUUUACAGUCUAUGGAGAUUAGGGAAGAGCUAGAUGAGGAUGGGAAUGUUCUGAGCAGUUCUGUGAAACCUACUAAACCUAAUGGUGUUGAUAUAGAUCAGAGUCAGGACUCAGUUAGGAAUAAUACCGAAUUUGAGGAUAAUUUGAAAGGGAAACUUGCCAAGAGCUCAGAGUCUACUGUGCCUAAAAUAGAAGAGUUGAGUGAUAUUUCUGAUAAUAAGGAAUUAGAGUCGAAGUUCAAUGAAAUUGCUGAUGACAAGAUGUAUUCAUUUGCAGAUUUGAUUGAGCAAUUGGACGAGCAAGAUGAAUUAGAGGAUGGUGAGAUAGAUGAUCGAGAUAUAGCGUAUGACUACGAUCGAUUUGAUACUCACUACAUAGCUUCCGAAGAAGACGAAGACAUAGAAGACGAUGAUGGGACGAGUUACUCUUUCAUACCUGGAUAUGCAGCUCAAUCAUCUUUCCUAGAUCAGAUAAAUAAAUUGAGAGGAACUAAUGUGAUAGAAGAAGUUGAGCCUGAAGGCAUGGAAAACCACGAAGAAAAGACCGAUGUGAAAGCAGUAAAGAGUGCAACGAAGAAAACCGUCAAAUCCAUUUUGAAGAAAGUUUCUGAUGAUGAUGUUACUGCUGUUAAGAAGAAGACUAAAAAUGUAGGUUUUGCUUCAUCUUUAGAUGUCCAUGAAGUGGAAAAUUUGAAGGAGGAAACUAGAAUGAACACUCAAAGGUUUCCGAAUUAUAGCAAUUUUGCGUAUGAAGAUAUUUAUACUGAAGAUAGCGAGUUGCCCAAGGAAGAAUUUGACGGGGAUUUAUUAGCCAAGCUUCUGGGUGUUCAAGGACCUGAAGAACUUCAUACCAAGUAUCAGGGUUUGCUUGAAGAUGAAUACGCCAAGGAGCAAGAAGAAGCAGAUCUCAAGAGAAACAAAAGGGUGUCCAGGUUCAAACUCGCUAGGAAUGAUGGGGUAUCUUCAGACGUCAUUGAACGUGAGGUGCCAGUGUCAGACAUACUCGAGCGUGAGGUGCCAGUGUCAGACAUACUCGAGCGUGAGGUGCCAGUGUCAGACAUACUCGAGCGUGAGGUGCCAGUGUCAGACGUACUCGAGCGUGAGGUGCCAGUCACAAAUAUCAAGCCCAAAGCCAUAAAUACAGUAACGCAUGGAACCGAAUCCCAUUCUGUUCCUGGUGGUGCUUCUAAUCCUGUCUCAAGCAAUCAAAAUAUUUCGUCAAGUUUGUUCAACAAAACCUUCAACUCGCUAAAACCAAAGCAGAAGCAUACUCAUAACCAUAAAAUGCAGUUGUCAAAGGAGAUGCUAGAAUAUUUGGAAGGCAGCUCCAGUGAAGAAGAACCAGAUGAGGCUCAGAAGAAAGACGAGGCUCAGAAGAAAGAUAACGACGGUUCGUUUCCAGAGGAAGUUAAUCAACUCAUAAAACAGCAAGAAGCAAAAUCUGUCAAAAUCCCAACAAUUGAUUUUGCAGCUCUUGGUUCCGACAUGGACAGCAUGGCAAAGGCAUAUGCAUUGGGCAUAUACGACAACGAUAUGGAAGAAGAUGUAGGUACUGUGAUUGAAAGGAUAGAUGACUUUAAAAAGUACAAUCGAGAAGCUAUCAGGUUAGAAAAUGAGAUCAAACAGUUUAAACUUGAGAACCCAUACGGCAGAGAAACUGAAGGGACAUCGAUGGAUAGAGAUGAGCCCUUAAGCAACGAUGGCAAGAUGGUGAGUGAGAUUAUUGAAAGAGAUGUUCCGGUGGACUACGAUGACACCGAGGAAGACGAUUACGGAUUUCAUUCAGAUAAACUGACAGAAUCUAUCGCUAUGGAGUACCACAAACUGAGAGGUGCGAUCGCCUCUCAUGAACUAACGUCUAUUAUUGAACAAGAACCCAAUGGGAUAGAACCUAUUGACGAAAAUGGCGAACCCAUCAAGACAAGUCGUUUCAGAUCGCAAAGACUUGGAUAUAAAUAA